AGCCAUGAUGUAGUGAUUUCAAGAUAUAGAAAAGAGAAGAAAACGGUUAGAAACACCUCAGCAAAGCAACAAAGAUGUAACAAAGAAAUUCCGCAAUAUAUUACUACAUUAAUUCAGGGGGUAUAGAAUAUAUGAUAAUGUAGAUUGAUGAUGAUUUCAGCCAGCUGAAACAGAAAAGGUCAUUGUUAUACAGUGCAACUUGAUGACUUGUGUGGGGCGUCUGUCAGCUAAGUAAUUAAUCUUGUUUAUAUACAUUGUUUUCAAUUGAUCUCAUACAUUGUAUUUGAAAUAUAAUGUCUAUUAAAAAUGUAUCAGCUGAGGUUUAAGGAUUUUGUUAUUUUCUAAAUAUUUGUUUGCACUAAAAGGUUUUUUUCCAGUCCCUGAAAGCAGUCAGUGUGUGGUUGGGGUCAAAGGUCGGGGGUCCAGUAACCAUGAGGCAGGCGGUGGAGGCUGAGGUGUUAAACCCCCACUGUGAGCUAGGAGAACACGGCCUGCGUCAGAUCCUUACAGAUGUGAUUGAGGAGGUGAGGCAGUCAGUAAAUCAUGACAUCGAUGGAGCAGAGAUCCUCCACAGUCUGCUGAACGCCUCCUGGCUGCAGUCGCUGCUCAAGGUUUAUGAGUGUCUUCAAAGGUACCUGAGGGAUUCCCCAGCACCAGCUCUGGACUACUCUUCAGGACUAACACUUCAGUUGCUAAUCGACAUCAGAUCAUUGCCGGGCUAUUCUGAAGAGGCCAAAGAGCUCUACCGCCUCCUGAGACAGCCACACCUGCAGCUCCACCAAAGAGUUGGGCUGCCCAGUGUAUCCUCCCCACGUGCAAAAAGCUCCAAAGGGGGGAUCCGAAGUCACUGGGACACCCUGAGGCGUCUGACCAGGCAGAAGCUUCAUCGAGAUGGUUCUUUUAGGGUCCAGAGCCCUGCUGCUGGGAGCCUGGAUGUCAAGUAUUUGUCAUGGUGUAGCAUUCGGAGAGGCAGCUACCCGCCAACUGAACCGCCAUGUCAUGCAGAAGCAGCUCAGCACUACCAUCCAUCCCACUAUAAGCCAGUGAAUACUUGUCAGAUAUGCUGUAGCACGCCGGUGAGCCAGUGUAGAAUUUGUUACACCAACCUGCUCUGGGAGAAAAGUCUGAACCACUCUGCGCCUUCGGUCUACAGCUCUGUUCUGAUCGACAACGUCAUUGAAGAGCUAGACAGCGGAGAUGAGAAUGAAGCAGGAGAGUCCACCAACGCCCCAUCCCUGCUUCCCACAGCCCGGCGGUGGACUAUGUCUCCCCCGUGUCUCACCGUACCCUGCUACUCCAACGUAGAUGACUACCUCCAGCCAGGACUGCAUCCCAGGCUUCGUGGCCAAAGCCCUCGCAUCCGCACUGCUCCCCCGAGCCCAAUGCGCCCUCACCAUGUGGAUUUGCCCACGGUGCCCCCUCUGGAGCUCGCCAAGCAGGAGAGUCUGGACGAGUUGAGGACGACAGUGCAGCUGGCCGCCACCUCCAUGGAGAACAGCACCAAAGACAUCAAGCUCCUUGGGGAAAAGAUGGCAGCUGCAUCUGAACGCAUGUCGGACACGGUGCAGGACAACUCCCAGGCCUUGGUCCUCCUCAGCCAGGUAGUGGACCGGCUACAGACACUCCUCGCUGCCACAAGGACUGACAUCAACACCCCAAAACCUGCAGUUGCUGAGCAAGAUGGCACACCCAAGAAAAGCCAAACUCCAAAGAGCCUGAGGCAAUGUCCAUCGCUGACACACCAAUUCAGAUAUUCCUUCCCUACGCUUCCUUCCUUUACCUCGUCCUCUAGCUCCCUCAGCAGCUCCCUGGACGCUCCCUCCACCUCUCAGGGGACAAGCUGUCUGUCUGUAUCUUGCCAUGGGUCACCCCGAACUACCCUGAAAACCAAGAAUGCCUCUGUGCUGCAGAAGAAGCACCUUCACGCUGAACACCUUCAGACCAAUGGCCUGCUCGAAGAGCCCAAGACCUCCCACACUGGAGCGACUAUCAAGAGAAACGAGAUCACAGGGGAGAUUUUUGUUGCUCGGGUGAUUCAUGGAGGGCUGGCUGAUCGAAGUGGUCUGCUUCAUGCAGGGGACAGGAUCAUAGAGGUGAAUGGUUUUCCUGUGGAUGGGCUGGAACCUGAGCAAGUUAUACAAGUUGUGCAAGCGAAGUCACACGGCACCGUCAUGUUUAAGGUCGUUCCCAUCACAGAGAGGCCAGUCCACAACCAGACGAUGCUCUAUGUGCGGGCCAUGGGCGACUACAGCCCUCAACAGGACCCGACCAUCCCCUGCGCUGAUGCAGGUAUGAGCUUCAGAAAAGGUGAAGUCCUUGAGAUUGUGGACCAGACGGACACUCUCUGGUGGCAGGCCAAGAAACUGCCCAGCCACACUGCCUGCGCCGGCCUCAUCCCCUCCACCAACCUGCUGAAACGGAAGGAGAGGGACUUCUGGUGGUCCCAGUCUUAUCAGCCACAUGCCGGCAUACAGACCUUGAGCACUGUAGAGGAAGAGGAAGACCUGAUUGCCAUCGAUGAGAAAUGUGUUGAAGCAGAUGAGGAGACAUUUGAAUCUGAGGAGCUCAGAGAAGAGGAGGAUGACUUCAGCAGCAAAACCGAAGGGAUCUACUUAGUGGGCUUCAGGCGCAGCAUGCGUCUGUGUCGGCGGCGGUCUCACAGCACCAUCCAGCCGUCCUGCCACACCUGCUGCCCCAGCAGCUGCUUCAACGCCCUCAACAGCCCCUACGAGGAGGUGGUGCGCUACCAGCGCCACCCACAGGACGUUUACCGCCUCAUCGCCCUCUUAGGUCCGUCUGGUGUGGGCGUAAAUGAACUUCGAAGGCGCUUGAUUGAAAUUAACCCCAACAUCUUCCAGGGGGCUAUACCUCAUACCACCAGAGCACCCAGAGGAUACGAGGAGUCUGGCAGAGAAUAUUACUUCACCAGGCGAGAAAUCUUUGACAACAUGGUGUACAACAAUAGGUUUCUGGAGUACGGGGAGCACAAUGGGAAUCUGUACGGCACCAGCAUCGAGUCUGUGAAGGACGUUUUAAACAGCAGAAAGAUCUGCGUCAUCGACAUCGAGCCAAACGUAAGUACAACAUCGAAUUAA